CAUCAGUAUCCUCUCCAUUCGCUGGCCGCCAGGUCACGUGGGGUCCGUAUCCGCCUACUCUGGCUGCUUCCUCUGCUCAGGUCGGUGUGCAGCUUGCGCGGGAAGGCUGGCCCACCAUGGAGACUGAGCACUAGCUUGGAGCUGUGUGCUGGCAGCCGCCCUCUGAUCAGUCCGUGUGGUAGGCCUAUGAGAACUGCUGCGAGCCACUGCCCGUUGGCUUACUUUGGAAAGCGCAUAUGGCUUUGAAACUACUUAUCCCGUCAUGCUCAGCUGUUCAACAGGUUAGCUGAGCAUCAUGGGAUAGGCAUCCAAAGUCCGCAGGGGACGACGGUUUUUUUUAUGUUGACAUGCACGAGCCGUGACGUCACUAGCUAGCGCUGCCGUGGGGAGGAUGGCAUGAAGCAUGAAACGUCUAGUGCGAGUCUCUUGGCGUGGGAACCACGUGUCUUGGGCUGACUCCCUCGCGCAAUGCGUCGUCGCUCGCGCUCUGCGGAGGAGUGUGGAACGCUUGAAGGCGUUCUCCGCCGCCAUCUUGCCUCUUUCCCUGUUCCCGCGCGGGUCGCUCACCUCACACGAGGCGGUUGUGUAGGCAGGCUGAUUGUAAAUUAAUAUUCUUAAUGGCGUGUUUCCCCCUUAAUCGGUAGAGGUGCCGGGGCUGCUGUAGGCUUUGAACACUUUAUUUUUCAUGCUGUAUAUAACGUAUAGGCCUUACAGCUCUGCACAUACUCUAUCCUUCCUUAAAGGGACACUCCAAGCACUAUAACCACUACCGCACAUAACUACACUCGCUGCAGCCGCUGCCCACUAUACACUCGCUGCAGCCACUAUACACUCGCUGCAGCCACUGCCCACUAUACACUCGCUGCAGCCACUGCCCACUAUACACUCGCUGCAGCCACUGCCCACUAUACACUCGCUGCAGCCACUGCCCACUAUACACUCGCUGCCCACUAUACACUCACUGCAGCCACUACCGCACAUAACUACUCAGUGCAGCCACUACCAUUAUACUCAUUGCAUUCCCUGCCCUUAUACACUCACUGCAUCUACUGCGCGCACGCAUUUAUACACUCACUGCAUCCACUACACACAAAUAUAAAUAUUUUUGGAAAUAUUAAAACAAUCUGACUGGCAUGUAUAUUUUGUGCAUUUACCACUUGAUUAAAGUGUGCUGUAGUGGUUAUGGUGCUUGAACUUUCUCUCUAAGAAAAUGUAAAGGGACACAAUAGUUUAAACAAACCUAUUCCUGAUACCAUAGCUAUGGUCCCAGAUCCCCCUUGCCUCCCAUAUUAAAAGGUCGCUUACCGUUUUUCAGUUCUGCCCCAGUCUUGUAGCAGUUGGCUCCAUCUCCAUGGCUUUGAUAUUGAUGAUCUCAACCUUUCCUUCCUAUAUUUUUUUUUUAUUUUACACUUUUUUUUUUUUCUGUAAAGGCAGUCUACAUUAAAAGGCCUGCAGGGACUGGCUGUAGACACCUUUUUUUUAAUUACAUUUUAUUUAUAGCGCCAGCAAGUUCUGUAGCUGCCACCACCCCCGCAAUCCCCUCCUAUUUAAGAGUUUCAUUGCAGGGUUUUAAUGCCUCUAGUGGCUGUCAGAGUAACUGUAGGCACUUUUGGAGGAAAUGGCAGAGUAAGAUCUUUCUAUCCAUGGUCUUAGAGCAUAUUGGCCAUGCACACUAGCCUACCUAUGCUUCCUACAGGACAGUGUUGAAUUGGCUUAGAUCUCAGCCAAGUAAGUGGGGCUAGCUGCCACAGACUGGUGUGGCAAGAGGGAAAAGGGUAAGUAAAACUACUUGCCUACUGCAGGUGGGGCCGGGAAACUAGUUAGAAAUACUUACAUUCCUAAUGCUAUAGUAUCUUAACCACGCAAUUUGAAAGGCAAAAUUCAUGUACAUUGUUUUUAACUUUCUAUAAUGCAUGUUUGGGGUAGGGAGUACAAUACAAUUGGUUGAAUAUUUGAAUUGUCCAGACAAAUGCCAAUGUUGAAAAGGAAUGGUUACAUACAUCCAUAGUGUAGCAGUUUUCCCAACAGGCAAUCAGUCCUGGAAUCAAAUGCAGAGUGCAUGCCUAUCUCCAAUCCAGUGCUUCUUUGUGAGAAGCAUUUUAUUGGAUGAGGUCAUGGAAGGAGUCAUCAGGCAACAAGAUAAGAAAUUGGCUUCCCACCCUUUUUUUUUUAAAUUUUUUUUUUUUUUUUUUAAAGCAAAGGUGGUUGACUGAAGGGAAUCUAUGGUCAUGUGGGGAGGGGGGAAAUAUUUUGGGCCCUAUAGCCUCCCUCUAAGUUGCUGUUGAAAGGAAAUAUCUAAAGUUAAACACUUACCUGACCCAGUCAGUAGUUAGAGCCAACCUUAUUGCGUUUUGUACAAAUUGGUUUGGGAUUUUUUUUUCUUCAGAUCAACCUGGGAGCCUGUGUCCCCUAUCCUGCGUCAUGAGACACGUGCAGACUUCUUCCAGGGCUGUAUCAACUUCUGCCAGUGGAUUAAAGCCAAGCAUUUCCAAGGGUCACAUGCACACCCGGGUUGUUGGAGCGCGCAAAGUGCGAAUCCCUGAGAGAGAGGUCCCUGCAGCUAGAUCAAAAAUGGCAUGUACUCCCCACUUUAACCUGCAACCCCAGGAACGCCAGGCAUUUUACAGAUUGCUGGGUAAAUUUUAGCUAUAGGAGAAGCACAAAUACUUAUAGAAACGCUAGUGUCUGGAAAUCUGUAUUCCUGCCAGUGCUGCUCUACAGAUUUAGGUGACCGCUACAUUCCAGAAUGGUAUCUCUGACACAGCCUUUUUUCUGAAACUGCAGCAUUUACGUUGCUAAGCCUGCAAGUACAGGCUGUAGGCACCAGAACCACCAUCAAAACAUAGACAAAUUUGAGAUGUCUAAUCUGGAAGGAUAACUUUAGCAACAUCUGAAGAGGCCCCAGAUAGCAUGUUCCCAGGGGAGCCAGAUAAGUGUCACUUUUAGAAAAGUUUGACUUCUAAAUAUCAGUGACUUGAUGUGGACAUAGUGCUUGGAAUCUAUGCAGCAUUUCAAUAUGAAAAAGCUAUAAUACAGAUAUAGCCCAGUGCUGUAAAUACCUUUUAGCAGUGUCAGAAGCCAACCAGGAACUGCCUUGCUCUAGGCUAGCUUAUGAUGCUGCUAGUGGUGGUAUUGCACCUACAGCAGCUUCAAUAAAUCUCUGCAGCGUCUUCAUAUUUAAACUCUGCUCAUAGCCUGAGCGCCAUGACCAUUUUAAAUAACUGAAGUGGUCAUCGUGCUUGAAGUAAUCCUCUAAAAAAAAAAAGUGUAUUUAUUUAACUGAAGUUGGGAUACAUCCUCCACCAGUCUGGCUGAAAUAUGAAGCCUGUGCUUGGAGAAAGUGGGUUUUUGUUUUUGUUUUUCAGUCUUAAAAUAAACUUAGCUGAGCAUCCUCUGGCAAUGAUGUUGAAAUAGCAAUAUACUGGGUAUCAUGGGAAGUGUCUAAACCUCUGUUGCGCAAAAUGUAAUUGUGCCCUGUGAGGUGUAACUAUUGUUUAAAUAAACACUGGAACCACUAUACCACAGUAGUGAUCAUGGUUCCAGGAGAACACUGCUGCUUCCUCCCAAUGUAAGUUAAUUUGCUAAUGAUUUUACGAUAUACCCAGGCUAGUCACCAGACCAGUCGCCACCAUCAGUGAGGGCUGGAACCUACUGAACAAACUUGCCAUUGGAUCUCCUGAGCUAAGACCGGAGUCAGCUAAUUGCUGUCAGCCAAUGAGCUAAGCCCUGCACUGUCAGGCCAUCUCAACAUUGCUUCCAGCUCUCAAUGGAAGUUGCUGGCACCUGACAGAUCCCCCAUCUGCAGCUUGACUUCUCAGGAUGGAAUGGAGCACUUCUGGCAUCAUACAUUACAUACAGCUAGCUAUAGUGGUUAUAGUGCUUGGCAUGCUCUUAUAUAUUAUUUUUUAGGUUCUUAUUUUUUUUUUUUUGUGUGUGCAGAGAGUGAUCUCAUACAAGAGUUCCUUUCCAUGGAUGGCUGUCUGCGGAUAUCUGACAAGGUUAGCAUGUGAUGUAACCAGAGUUUUGUGUUAUAACAAAUCAUUUAAUCUCUAGGAAAUAUGCAUGACUUUAGCUUAUUAGUGUUAAAUGCCAGGCACUUGUGCACACAAUGUUCAAAACUUUGGCCAUAUGUGUAGUGUGGGUUUUUGGGUGGGUGGGGGAUCUUUGUCAUUGUUUUAGCAAUGUGUUAUGUUAAAAUGUGGUCUUUCAAACAAUACUAAGAUUAUUUUUGCUUUAAACGAAGAAAGAUCUCCCUUUAGAUUUGCACUUACAAUCCUUAAUCCGUUAGUGCUCGAUUUAACCCCUUUUUAACGGACUUCACUUGAUAAAACACUUCCGUUCUGUCAUGUCAGUACGUGAACGCACACUGCAAGUCAUACUCCUUCACUUUUUGGAUCAGUACUGUCCAUAUCUCCUCCCCCCCUCUCCAGCAAGUUAACUGUUUAAAGUAAUCUUUCAACCACUAACCUAUACUGUAGUAGUUAUGGUGACAGUUUUUAUAAUGGCGUGACCACCUUUCGUGGUCCUGCAUGCUGCAGCUGUUUCUUCUUGCAGGAGAAGGUAGAACUGCUCAUCAUGCUUAGAGUGGCUUUUUAAUGUAUACAUAUCCCCAACAUCACCUAGAAAUGUGUAUUCGAGGCAUGGGGGGAAAAAAAAUUUCAAACUCUGAAAUAAGCAGCCUUUAUCCUGAGACUGAGUACCUACAUCUACUCUAUGCAAUGCAUGUCCUUGCUGUGCUGGAAUGAACAGGAUUGUUCCAAGUCAUUAAAGAGAACUUGAUCAGAAUUAAGUUAUGGUGCGAGGCGGUCCCAGCUUACCUUAAGGGUCGUUAACCAGUGGUUUAACCCUAGAGUGCUGAAACCAGCCCUCCGAUCACUGUCACUAUCCUUCCAGCUGAGUUCAAGACCUGAAUCAGGAAGUCUUUCAAAGGUGUGCUGUUUAGUGUCUUCCUGAUUCAAGCCUCUGACUGCAGCAGGUAGAUGGUUAGUUCAAACAAGGCUGGGUUUCAGUACUUUCUGGUUAAACAAUUUGUUAAUUGCUUAAAGUAAGCCAGGUACCUGAUUGCACCAUAACGUCAAUGAUAAAAGCUUAUCCAUAGUGUAACGGUCAGUAAACGGUUUCUAUGGGGGGAGUCUCCUAAAGCCACUGAUUCUCUAAAAUUUAUGCAUAAGUGUGCAGUUGUGGUAUUUUUAAUGAGAAAAUCCACAGCUCGUUAAAUAUUGAAUCAUUCCUUAUGUAUGUGGUAGCUGUAUGUCAAAUUGUGUAGGCUACAUUUUGCAUGCAUUUUUGAUAUUGGGCAAACUAUUUGCAUUAUGCAUAAAUGUAGUGCAUGUGAAACAAUUUAAAAUAAAACAGUUGGUAUCUUAAUAACUUACUGUCAGUGGUGUGUUAAGUUGUAAGGCAGCUUAUGCUAUGAACAAAAUGUUUCAGUAUGUUGCACUAUUAUACCGAUUUUAACUGCUUAUUUUUUAUUAUGCAGUAUCUGAUUGCCAUGGUGCUAGUGUAUUUUAAGAGAGCAGGACUGUACACCAGUGAAUAUACAACAAUGAACUUCUUUGUCGCCCUGUGAGUAAAUUGUUUUUCCUACUCGCGUAACUUUAACCUAGCACUUGUACAUCUGCUUUUUAUAAAAGUAAAAUUAUAAAAUAUUGAAAAGGUUGAUCAUAAAAUUUGUGAUAAUACAUUGUAUAGUCUAGAGUCUAAACACAACUCCCAGGGUUUCCCUAAUUCUUUAAUUUCAGGGUCAGUACAUCUCCAGUGUCUCUUAAUUAUAUAAUGUUGGUUCCUCUGACCAUUUUAAAUUUUUCCUCGAUCUUAAUUUUUCUUUGUGUUUAACUUUUGGUAUUGCAAAAUAACACAUUUAACUCGGGCCAUUUUGUGUUCUGGCACAUGGUUUCGGUAAAACAGAUGCACUAAGUUUGUAAAGGAAUAAAACACUGGCCAUAGAAAAAAAUAAAAAUUCGUCAAAUUCAUGCAUGUAUUCAUAUCUAACUACAUCCUCCCCAGCCCCCCUCACUAGGGGUAUCUAAUAAUUUGCCAGAAGCUGUAAAUCGCUUGUCUGUAGCACUUGCAAUCCCUCCCCUUAUAAAACAAAAUUUGACUGUCUAAUCAGACUACUUGGUGACAAGUCUUUGCAAGUCAGGUGCUCACUAGGUAUAUCUACUUCUCUUGCAGGAUUAGCUUAAGCCUCAGCUCUUCCUCCACCUGUUUGCCAUAAAAAUAUCCCUCAAAUUCCCCAGAAAGUACACAAGCAAAACUAAUGCAAAAUAUAUAAUUUAUUAACUAUGGGAGGGAAAUAGAAGUGCAUUGUCUCUAAUCUUUCUAAGGAAAAUACAUUUGCCAGAUGGAAUAGCAAUGAAUUGAUGGGGUUUUUUUUUUUUUUUUAAAUUUGAAUUGUCUGAGCCAUUGAGGCACAUUUCUUCACUUUUCUGUUGAUUCUUGAGGCCAUAAGAUCUACUUCUGGUUUGGCAAAUCGAUGGACUUCCAGAAAAUGAUUCCUGCUUAGUGCAUCUGCCAGGAUGACAACCUUCCCAUUGACAUGAACUGUCAUCAGAGAUUGAAUAUGGAACUCUGACCCUAGCAAUAUCUUUGUACAGAGAUUCUCCAGAGAAGAUGAUCCAGUUCCUUCUUGCUGUCGAUAUAGGCCGCUGUAUUUACAUUGUGGGAAUCUCCCUUUUUCAUGGAGAAUGAAGUGUUUGAAACUUCAGAUCGCCAUCCAUGCUGCUUUUGGUUCCCAAAAGGUUGUGGAAAAGAGUUCACUGGCCUUUUGCAGACAGGUUUACCCAUGUGUUCUUUAACCACCAGCUGAAGCAUCUUUAGUAACAAAGAUGUUUUGUAUUAACCCAAAAGGAAUCUUGAUCUGAUUUUUGAUCUAGAAUCCAGACAUGUGUUUUUUUUGUCUUUGUUUUUUUUUUUCCUAGGCACUCUGGCUGUUUAAAGCCAGCUCUGCAACAAAGCUGGAUUACCAACAAUCUUCAACUGCCCAGGUAUGGGACAAUGUUAACACCUUUUCUUAAAGCUACAGCAAUAACUACUAGACCUCUUUUGAAAACUCAAAGCAAACUCCAAAAGUGGAGACUUCUGAACUUUUAAUGAACAAGUUUGCCUUUACCAUUAUACAAAAUCUUACAUUUUCUGCUUUCCUUUGCCAUGAUAAUAUUGUAGGCAUCCUUUAGAUCUAAAGAACUCAAUAGGGCUUUCUUUGAUGUGCAUGACUUUUCUGUGUAACAUGACGAUUGACUUAAAUUAUUUAAAAUAGGUCUAAAUGAGCGGUCUGGUUUCUUUACGGAGACUUGUGAGGAAGUCCCUUUUUUUUUUUAAGUCUGUGGGCUGAAGUUAUUUUACUCUUCUGGACCAGGUUUAGCACUUCUAAAUGGAGAUUUCUUGACAUGAUGGGACAUUGAAAUGUCCAACAAAGGAAACCCUCGAGUGUCUGGAACUAAAAUCUGGCACUCUACUUCAUGGACACUGGUCUCAAACAUGAACGAUGAACUGUAUUCCCGAACAGCUAGGAGAGCACUUUUUGGUACUUUGAUGUACUUGUAUGAGGGGAAUAAUCGCUCCUAAGAGCCAGGAGGCUCCGUUCGUGGAUUAGGGAGUUAUUUGACAUCUUCAGAAUUGACCGACCUCACACGCCGAAUUUGUGGAACUAUAUUGGGCAAGAGCUUCGUGUGCGGUUGGUAACUUAAGAAAACCCCUGAACCGAUCUGGGGAACAUCAGGGAAUGUGACAUUAGUGGGGAUACCUUAAGCAUAAAGGGUGUUCUGAGUUUGGGGAAAAUGUGUGCACUUUUCCUGGAGAUAAUUGGGUUAUUCCUUUAACUUAUCUCAUUAUCUCACAGGCGGAGACAGGGAGUGUUUAAGUGUAACUUUACCUUAUGAUUGGCUAUUUGGUUUGUGUACUGUGGGAGGUCCUCCUGCAAGGGGACCUCCAUAAAAGCCUGUGUGGUCUCAAACAUCAGUCUUGUUACACCCUUCAUGUUUCAGCUGGUGUUUGGGUACCUGAUUACCACUUGGGAAAAGCUGUACUAGAGGAUGUCGUUUCUUUGGACUUUAACUACCGACCAGAAGAACCUACAAACCCAUAGCUACCACUUCAGGGUUCGUUACAGUUAAGCUACCCCAUUCAUUGGUUUCUGAGCAGAGGUGGGCGUAUAACUGCGAUAUCAGGCCUUUUGGUAUGUUUUCGUGUAGGCAUGUGCUCAUAGAAUGUUAAGGGCUUUUGGGCAGCUGCUCGUACAUGUGGAUUUUUUUUAAUAAUCUUCAAUUUGAAGAUGCUUAAAGUCUGUUGGUGCGAGGUGGCCUCGUUGUUGUAGAAUGUCAAACAGUACUAUCUCUGGUCCCUGUAAUGUUUGACUGAUGCAUUGCAUGCCUAUCCCUUCCAAUGUCCUAAAGUCCCUUGCUGUCAUCCCUGUUGCGGAGAAAAGGCACCAAUAGGGAAGAGUUGGAUGCUGGCCUGUAUCUUUGAUUGGAUAGGUCCCAUAUGCGUAUAGACUUCAGGACAGCUGGACAUGUGACUCUAUCUGCCUACUACCUCUGGGUACCCAUAUGAGGACUUGUGGUAUGUCUGCCCCAGCCUCAUGGAUUCUAAAUCCACCUAUUUUCUAAUUCCCGGUGGCGAAUGCCAAAGUGCGAUUUGUGAUCGUUGGGCUGCUAUAUAGUAAAAGUAUAGGUUAGGUAACCCCAAACCCCCUCGUGUCUUAGGUCUGUACAAUGUGUUUAGAGAUUCUAUGGAGUUUAUUUUGCCACACAAAAUCCCCUGUUGCAGAGGUGCCAAGUAUGCCUUGGAGACAUGUAUAGGAAACGUCUGGAAGUAGAAUAAAAUCCUGGGUAAGAUGUUAAUCUUGACCGCAUGGAUCCUCCCUAUCCAUGAGAGGUCGAUCAUUCAAAGUUUCCAAUUCCUUUAUCAAUUGUUUUAUGAGCGGAGUAUAGUUUUGAUUUAAGAGUUUGUCUGGGUCAGCUGUCAAACGGAUGCCCAGGUAUUUAAUCUUCUCUUUCUAUGUGGUGUUUUUAAUUACGGCUAUGUCUCCCUUUGGUACGCAUACUGGUAGGGCGCUUGAUUUAGUCAUAUUUACUUAACCCGAAAUAGCUCCACAGUCCGUGAGGAUCCAUUGCAAGGCCCUCAUUGAGUUGACUGGGUCCGUGAGCAUCAGAAGCACAUCAUCUGCGUAUGCUGAUACCAAAUAUUCCUCCUACCCCCUGCACAGACUCCCUGUAUGUCUGGAUGUCUCCUCAAAGCCUGUAGUAACGGCUCCAGGGAAAGCACAAAUAAGGAGGGGGGGGGGGGUAUAGUGGGCACCCCUGUCUUGUGCCAUUGAGAAAGCAGGGCACCCGAAAUGUUCACCUGUACUCGCACUUUUCUAUACAUGGCCUUAAGCAAAGUGAUUGCUUGGUCCAGGAAACCCAUAUGGGUCAGGAGUGUGAAUAAAUACGUCCAAGAGACUCUACCGAACGCUUUUUCAGCGUCUAGGGAUACAAACUUGGCUGGGGUAUGAGUGGCCCAUUUCCAUAUGAGGUCUGUUUCUACGAGUAUUCUGAGUUGCCUACCCUGGACAAAACCCUACUUGAUCUGCGUCUACUAAUGAGGAUAACAGUGGGUUUAAUCUUGAUGCUUGAAUUUUCGCUAAUAUUUUAAUGUAAUGGUUUGAGAGAUUGGGUGGCAACUACCCGGGAGGCUCAGGUCUCUGUCUGGUUUUUGGGAGUAAUAUAAUGGUAGCCAGGGACAUGUCCGAAUCCGGACUGCCACCUGAUCUGAAGUCGUUGGAGAGCUACUAGGUGGGGAAUGAGUUUCUCUAAACUUUGUAAUAGCAGCCAUCAAACCCAUCUGGGCAAGGGGCUUUAUUUCAUUUCAGCUGGGAUAUCGCUUGGGAUACCUAAUCUGGGGUGAUCUCUGCCGCUAGUUUCGGUUUCCGCCGGAGUUAACUUGGAUAGUCCUAGAUUUGCUAAAAAUCUUUGUCAGUCUCAUCCUGUAAUGUCCAGUUUUCUGAUCCUGGGGAGUGGUUGUAUAGGGAUUAUAUAAGUCUGUAAAGACCUCUGCUAUGUCCUGGGGAGUAGUUUUGAUUGACCCGUCCUUAUGUCGUAUAGAGGUGAUGUGGCCCCCGCGUUGUCUCAGGACUCUGGCUAGGAGCGUAUCCAUUUUGUUUGCAUUUUCAUAAAAAUUCUUCUUGGGCCACGUAAGGGCUUUUGGCCGUAUCGUUGAGGAGCAGCAUGCGUAUGGCAAGCUGUACCUCAGUCGCGUCGUUCGGACCGCUCUGAUGUUGCUCUGCCUGCUUAAGAUCGGCCAAGAGGCCUUCUAGUUUUUGGAAUUUCUUUUUAGCUGUAGCCCGUUUUUUAUUAGCGUGCCUCGUAUUACCGUCUUUUGCGCUGCCCAAACUGUUGCUAAUGUCAAGUCAUGGGUGGUGUUAGUCUCAAAGUCAAGAAUGUCCUUUCUAACCUGUUCCGUUAUGCUCUGGUCUCAUACCAGGGAAGGGUUACGUCUCUGUCCAUGGGGCCGCUGUGCUCAGGUUCCCCGGUGUCAGGGAUACGUCAGCAUGGCUUGUCCAGGUUAGACCUGAUAUCUGACCCUGUUACCAAUGGUAAGCUCCUAUCCACGAAUAAGUCCCAUGAGGGGUGGGAAAAAAGGUGUAGUCCUUUGUGCUUGGAUGAUGUGCCCUCCAGACGCCACCAACCCGUCGCCGUCACAAAGCCAUGUAGCAGUUUCUUGCCCUCCCAUACCUUGCGACCUUUGUGUCCCCCUAUGAGCACUUCUGUCAGCUGCUGGGCUUGGUGUAGCAUUAAAAUCGCCCCAACUAUAAUCCUCCUGUGAUGAAGGGCAUGAAUUUUGGUCUGAAGUGUCCCAAAAUGCUAGGGCCGGUUGGUUUGGUGCGUAAAUAUUAAAUGGAUGGUAUGAGAAAGUAGGGUGCCGGAGACUAUGAUGUAGCGUCCCUCCGGGUCUGCCUCAGUGGCAGAGACCCUGAGUGGGUAGCCAUUUCGUAUGAGGAUUACCAUGCCAUUGCGUUUGCACAGAGUUCUAGUUCAUAUGUGGAGACGUAUGUGUGGUCUUUAAGUUUAAAAUGUGCUUGUUUCAGUAAAUGUCUCUUGAACGAAGGCCACAUCGGCCUUCAUUCUCUCCAGUUCUCUAAACAAUAGGCGUAUUUUGGUUGGAGAAUUUAGGCCUUUGACGUUUAGUGAGGUUAGUUUCACGGCCAUGUAUCUGGUCUGUUCAAAACGCUACUGUAUACUCCCACCCCUGCUUCCUCCCAGACACCCCAAACCCGUCCAACACUUUCCCACCCAGAAGAAAAAAGGAAACUAGGGAAACAGAAAAGAAAAUUAGGAAAAGAGUAGAAUGUGGUACAUCUCUCGUGCGCCACAGACAGUCUGGUCUUAUCCAUUGUCACUUAUGCAGGGGGGUUUUCAGACAGCAAAUACAAUACAAUAACGGUACAUUAUAACCAAAACUUAAGUGCUUUAGGCAUUGAAGGUGAGGUCCACUCCUUAUCACCGAGGGUCCCUACUUGUUCCUAUACCUGCAUCUGCCCUCUCCUGCCGUGCAGGACUUCUACCUGCCGCCUCCUGGGCGGGGGGUGCGAGGAAUAUCCUGUAUAAAGAGGCUCUAGCUGCGUGUUCACCAUUUUGCAACAUUAGCCCAUAUGAGCCUAUGGAAAGGCCCUACAUCUGUGCACAGCUGGGUCUUCUGUGGUGAAAUCACCAGUGCCCUUGUGCUGCUAGUCACUCGUGGUUUUUUUUUUGUUUUUUUUUUAAUUUGUAAAUAGUGGGGGAGGAAGGGGGUGAUCAAUAUGCAAUGUCUUUCUCCACUGUACAAGCUAUGCUGAGGUUAUCCCCAGCCACAAACACUUUUCUUCUCCCACCUUACCCCCUGUUUGCUGAGAGCGGCUGUACAUACAACAUGCGUCCAAAUGGACCUGUGAGGCUGGUGGCAGUCUCAAGUCCCUUUUAUAUCCCUUCCUAGUCUGCUUGAAGUGUCCUUUACUCCCAGGUGGUGUGACUGCCAAAACCUCCAAUGUGUAUUGGGUUUGGUAAAAUUUAAGCAAAGACUGCAUCAUUCCUAACCUGGUGUCAAGAUUAUCAAGCCCAAUCUUGGGAUUAUUAGGGAGAAUCAAAUGGUUUAUCAGCUGCUGUGCCUGAGACGGUCCAAAGAGGCAGGUAGAAGAGAAGGCUGUCUGCUACAUCUAAUGUGGUUUCUGGUGUUUGUCUACUUUUUAUUGAGACUUAUCUGGUUCAUCAUAUUGUGUGGAGUUGGUUCCCAGCUGAUAUACUAAGAAGGUUCAUUUGGGAAUGAAUCAGUCAUGGGGCAGGAUAAUAUGCUGAACUUCUGAGGGUUCUCUGUUCCUCAGACCCUAUGUCUUGUAUAUGGGAGAACUCUGUAACGAGCGUUUAAUGUUUACCAUCAAAUGAGGUAAAAGUUCAAUCCCCAAGAUACACUGGGAAACCAGAAAUUUCUUGUCUCUUCCCUAAUACCAUAAGUGAAAUAGUCUGUAAGAGGACUCUGCCUUCUUGACCACAGGGUAUUUAAAGCAGCUAUCAUCCAGGCUGCUGGUCUUCGGUAUUUGGCUUUGCUGGCAGGUGCAGUGGUGCCCAGAACUUAUAACUUUGUUUACUAUUGUUAUGGAAGUCUCCCGAUAGCAGCUUUUAAGUUCACUGCUGUAUUUGUGAUUGCAACACACUUCUGUGAUGGACAUGACUAAUACAUUUUGAAAUUGACGGCCUAAAUCAGGGGUUGACCUUCUUUUACCGUUGUGGCUUAGGCUUUGUCUGCGGAUCGGGGUCACUUUCGGUCCUCUGUUUAGUCCCAUUAGGAAAAUGGGUAUCUUAUAACCUAUGUCAAAAACGAAAAAAGCUCUCAAGACUAGUGGUGUGUGUUUUUUAACACCUAGUGAUAGAACUAGGUCUGACAUGGGUAGACGUUUCUGAUGCCAAGAAGGUUUGAGGCAGAAUCCUGCAUUUCUAGAAGUGAAGUGUAGAUGGCUCAGUGGGCUAAUGCUUUGGUUCAGCCUUUGGGGGUCACGGGUUCAAUUCCCCAACAAUGUACCCUUUGAGGUACAUGACUUGAAAAUCAUUAAAUGGAGUCACUAAUUCCCAGGAUGCAUUUGGGAACCAGUAAAUAUCUCUUCCCUGGCUUUUAAGAGAAUCUUGCAAUCACUGGUUUCUUUAUCUAGUAUAUAGGGCACUGCUUGCUCUUUAGGAGUCUGCCCAAUCCAGAAUUCCUUUUUUCAUUUAAUUCGUCAGAACAUCUGGUACUCUAUUUACAGAAACCGUGUCUGUUAUGGUUCUAGUGAACCACGAAGUUCAUUAAGAUCAUGAAUCUCCUGGAUAUCUAAGCAGGAUCGCUCCUUUUUUAGACCUGUUUUCGAAUUUAAAUUAUUUGGUUCAGACUCAAAACUGAUGCUUCAGUAACUGAUACUGCAGAAAGGAGAUAUAUACCCACAUAGCCCUAUUGCCGUCCCUCAUGACUUUUUCAGAAGAUGCACCAUAAGUGGAUUGAAACUUCAUUGCAGUUCAAACACCCCCUUUGGACGGUCUUCUGCCCAGGAAUAGUUUAUAGGUUCUUGCUCCCAUAAUCCUAAUCUGUACGGUUGCUCUUUAAGUAUGUUCAGAUAGCUAGCAGAACACUACAGGAUUGCGGUUGGAUACGGAGACUAUAAAAGUAAUUCUUCCACACAGGUUUUCUGGUGUUUGGGUUAACCCAUAUGUUAUAUCUGCAUCUGACGACACUAAAAAGGAAAGGUCCAAUUUCUAAUAAAUUUGCUUCAACUGGACAAAAUCUAAAAUAUGGCCGCUACAGUGGGAAAUUCUCGGGGUCAAAAGUGUGGUGGUCUUGGAUUUGUAUCUCCUAGAGGUUUUUUUUAUUUUUCCCUUCUCAUGGAAGAUUUAACUGGUGGAUGUAGUUUUCUUCCAAGGAAUCUGACCUUUCAGCCUAUAGAAUGGUUAGUUCUCCCUACAUAAGGCAUCUAUCAGACUGGAGCGCUCCUUUUAAUUCUCUAAUGUGCCAGCAUUCUUUGUCCAAACAAAAAUGAGUCAACUAAUUUCAGAGCUCGUAAGGCAGUUCUUCACUCCCCUCGCCAAUUUCAUGGUUAAUGGAGAGACUUAUUAAGAUGCAGUCAGACCACAACAGUUUCUCUCACGUCGACAGGGUGGUUGUAGUGGCAGUCGGUUUCAACUAUGUGCCCAACUGUACUGGGCUCAGGAUCUCUGGGAGGUCCUCACUCAAUACAACUUAUGAGGAAUCGACAAUGUCAUCACCUACAACCCAGCACGAGGGAGUGGGAUCAAGAGAAUGUCUAUAGCUCCAUUCUAAAGAGAUUUGGAGGGCCCGGAUAGACCUUAUGGCAAGGAGGGAGAACAUGAUUCCCAGGUUUGCCUCCCUAUACAGGACAUUUUUCUGAGCUUGUGUUUUUUUCCUCGCAAGACUUCAAAAGAUAUUAACACAGAGCAAUGGUUCUGUUAAUCUUUCCACACUAGCUGUUUUUGGCCUGAUGGAGAUUUCCAGGUUUAGGGAUCUCCUUAUCUCAAACACUUAGAAGACAGGAUGGUCAUAUUUAAAGCAGGGCAACUGCAUGGUGGAUCCUUCAUCUUCUAAGUCUUAAGGCAGAAUCCAAUUGUGUCUAAUCUAGUUGUUCCACCUCAAACUUUAACAUAAGAAGUUGGGUAGAGUUUCUACAUUACUGUAAGGAACAUCCAUGUCUUCUAGUUCACUGUCGGUUUGGUUUAAAUUUCCUUCAUGAGAUUUCCACAUUAAGACCAAGUUGUAUUUCUGCAGUCUCUGGUGAUUUGAUCUUUGUAUAUGCUAGUUGGAAGGCUUCUUGGGCCACCCAGGAAGUUUUCCUCCCUAGAUCGAUCUUCAAUCUUUCAGGUCCCCUUGGACUUUGGAGGUGGCUCCUUUUGUCAGAUUAUAAAGCUGCAACAGCAUUCUUGGUGGCAAUUACCUCUGCCAAGGGAGUAAGCAAGCUUCGGGCUUUAUCUUCAGUAGACUUUAGUAUAUUUAGUCAGGGUAAAGUAGUUUCAUCAUACACACUCAAUUCUUCCAGAGUUAUCAUUUAGAGCAGUUUAUCAGCUCAUCUUUCGAACAUCCUACAACUAUACCACCUCCCUGCUGGUUAUACUAGAGGUUAAACAGGGCAUUACAGGUCUAGCUAUCAAGAUCAGCCGAAUACAGUAAACCAGAUCACCUGUUUGCCACUCUAUUUCUCGUGUGUCUGGUCUAUCAAAAUGGCUUGCACUUCAGUAGUUUUGCUACACCAGCUUCUCUCAGCACAUUUCACAAAAGCAAUGGCCACAUCAUGGGCAGAGAAAGCUCUUGCUUCACCCGAAGAAAUCGACAAGGCUGCUUCUUGGUCAUCCUUUGUCAGGCACUUCAGGCUAGAGGUACUCUCUUCCUCUAAAGCUGCGUUGGGGCAUAAUGUACUACAAGCUGUUGAGACAUAAGGCCCACCUGAUACUGCCACCAUAUGUCAGGUAAAUAAAUUCUUACUCCCCGUAAAAAAUGUUUUCUUAAUAUGGUGGCAGUACAAAUCUACCAUCUGAACUACAAAUUUUGCUUGCAGUAUAGGGCGUUGGUGUCUUGUGCUACAACUGAAGUGGGUUUGCCGGGGGAAGCACUCUAUAUCUUGCAGAUGCUUGUCCCAAUUAGAAAGCCCAACCCAUAUGUACUGCCACCAUAUUAAGAAAAAAAUUACAGUGAGUAAAACAAAUUGUUUACAAUGUUACAUCCUUACUAAACAGUCCUAUAUCUCUCAGCCAAUUUUAAAUGAGUGUAUGCAAAACAAGCAGCAAAAAUGUGGACAUUCCCUAGUUCUGUUUAUGCAAUCUUUCUAGUGAUCUUAAUUCUCACGAUUCUAACAAGUGCGGGACUCUUGCCAAACUAAAACAUCUGUAGGAAUACUUGCCUCUAUAUAGGCAAAAUGAGAACCUCUGGAACGAGCCAUCUUGUAAAACAGUCAAAGAUGUCAAUUAUUUGGAAAUUCUCAAGGUACUCACGCCUUUCCAGUAUAUUGCCACAUCAUGCUGUUCAGGUGCAGUCCAUAUAUUCUGUCUCUUGCUCUGAUUGGUAAAAUGACAUCUAACCUGAACACUUGUUAUGGUACUGUGGGGAAAUUACAUCCAUAUCGGGCACAUAUAGACAAACGUGUAUUCCUAACACUAUACUGCUGGAGUACCUGUUUAGUACUUUGGAACUCAUAAUGGAGUAGAAAGGUUUCUAAAUUUCUCCAUUGCUGUGCUGUUCUUGCUGUAGCUGGCUACAGCUCCAUGGCGGAGAUAAUCAAUCUUGAAAAUCUCUCCCAAUCCUUUCCCAAUAUGAAUGCAUGUGGAAGGCUUUUGCAAAACUAUGCAUCAAUCAACAAACACCAAAAUUGUUUCAUUAAAGUGGCACUGUCAUGCCGAACUUGCCUCUCUUUAAUCGAUUCCUCUUCGCUCCCUGUCGGAUCUGUUCAUUUCUUCCUGUCUGCUCUCUUUUUUCUAUAAAACAUAAGACAACGUAGGGAGUAUCUGUCUUAUGGAGGUUUCCUAUGCCUGACCAUCUCUGAUCAGCAGAGGAGCAAAGUGUGCUUCAUUUCCAGUGGUCAAAUUUUUUUUCACAAUUCUAAGCUUUCUUGUUUCGCAAUGCUUCCGGUCAGUAUUCCAGAACGUCCUGUCACUUAGACUGAACGCCGGCAAAACCACCUUACCCCGGGGGUGGGGGCCAGGGGAGGACAAUAGGUCCCCCCUUCACCCCCCAUUAUCCUUUAGGACAACCGCUCAGGGUUUUAACCAUGAGCAGCCACAGGCGGCUUACUCUUUAGUAGACAUGCCCCUACUUGCAGUAUAGAGAGUAGGGGCAUUCUGGAGAUUGCAAUCUCCCUUAGGCUAUUAUGGGGGUCAUAUUGACCCCAUAGAGUGAGGGAGGACAUGGGGGCUUAGGAAGUGGUAGGGAGCACUGCUUCAUGCCGCUUCUAUCUUUACAUUUUACAAAGAGGGUGCUGUGCGCUGGUAGCUCACUUCUUGUAAUCUGAACAAACGAACACUGAUAUUUGGUUCGUCUUUCUGACGAAUGGAUGAAAUUCCCGUUCGCAGGCCCAAGUGUUUAACUGGGCAUGUGUGGGAAUUUCAGUGCUAUCUAGUGUGGACACAUGACGUGUCCCACAGGGACUUCAUCUAGCCACACAAAGAUGGCAGCGGCGCCCAGGACCUAGGUCCAUGCAGACAAGAUAAAAAUCAAUUGGAUGUAGUGGAGUCGGGAGGGGGUUAAAAAACCAAAAAAAAACUGGAUUCGGCCAUGACUGUGCCGCUUUAAGCUAAAGUAGUUUUUGGUUGCUAUAGUAUCCCUUUACUCUUUAUGAAAAAAUUUUUUACUUACCAUAGAGGUGACAGUUUUUAUAAAUAUUUGAAAAAGGAUUGUUCAAAAGAACCAGCUACCCUUGCCAAAUGCUUAUUUUGCAAAUUCCAACAGUCAGCCUCUACAUCCUAUAAGACUUUAAAAAGAAUGCAACCAGAAAACAUUAGUUUUUCUGAAGGAAUUAGAAUACCUAUUAAACAAUGGUGCUCUACCUGUCUGGGUAUACUUGUACAGCUGAAAAGCUUCCUCAUAUAGAAUCCAUUCUUUUUGGAUAUUUAUAUCUUACCUGGCUGAACCACUGUCAGAUAAGGAUAAACCACUCAAAAUAUCCAACAUAUGCUUAAAGUGUGUGGUGUGUGUUUUUUAAACUCCUUAAGGACACAUGACAUGUGACAUGUCAUGAUUCCCUUUUAUUCCAGAAGUUUGGUCCUUAAGGGGUUAAAUGCUGAAAGCCCGCUGCAUAAACCUUGCUACUCUUCACCUAAUACUGUUGAAGAUGCCAAAAGACUUGCAGCGAGUUAUUAAAAGUGCAUUCAAUUGAGGCUAUUCUCUAUGGACCUCCUCUGCUGAAGGCAAAAGUGACAAUCCAUUCUUUCCCAACUUUCUACAUGUGUAGUUAAAGGAACACUAUAUAGGGUUAGGAACACAAACCCUGUAUUCCUGAUCCUGCUGUUACAACUACCAUUUAGGUGGCUUGCCCUUUAAAAGGUGUUAAAACUCUCCUUAUUUCCAGCACCGUUCUGGCCCAGCCUGAUAUGCCUCCUUGGUGACAUCAGAAUUUACGAUUUUUGCAAUAAAAUGCUUUUCCAUAAAGGAUUAGAUUGGCCCUGCCUCCUUGCAGCCAAACACAAUUUUGGCCAGUCAGCACCACCUCUGAAUUGGUGCAUCUGAGGGAAAAUUCUGCGUCUCCAUGCAGAUCGUGGAGACUCUGAACGGCAGUGCUGCCUACUGUGCAACACUCUUCUGUUUAACAGUACUCAUUAAAGCCUUUUCUGGCACUGCCACUCCCACUACCCCAAACCAGAGCUCGACACCUUAACCAACUCAAUGAACUCCUUUUCUAAUUCUAGCUAACUGAACAGAAUUGUACUCAUACUUGCCACCACUAGUAUCAGCUGUGAUUUGCACCUUGCGUUUCUCAAGGACUGGCAUCCCUUCAAGGUGAAACUUUUCACCCAAGCUCAUAUUUAUAAAAAAAAAAAUAAAAAAAAAAAAUUUUUUUUCUUCUAGCCAGGCCCUCUAGUCUACCCUGUCCCUGGGUUGCAAUAGGGGAGAAGGGCAGACGUUUAAGUCCUUAUCAGGCUCUGCCCCUUUAAAUCCAGAGUAAGUGGACAGCAGCACAAUGUGAAUCCCCUGCACUAAAACAAAGUACCUCCUCAAACAGGACUCUGCCAGCCUGCACAUGAGAACUUCUGAUGCCCUCUUUAAUCCACAUAGUGGUGAGUGGGUCUGUCUGACAUCAUAGCUAUUGUGAUAUCUUGGAUGGAUUUUGGUUUGUGCUGCUGUUAUAUUCCCACGCAGCCUGUGCUUUUGCAGCUCGUAACCUGCACUCAAUUCCAAGCCAGGAACACUGGUGUCACUACUUAUGUCCACAAACUAAACUUUGCCCACAUCCCUAUAGCCAACCUGAAAAGUGAAUUUUAUGUUUUGGGUGUUGCGUUUGCCAAAUAUUUGUCUAAAUACAAAUGCACAAGUCUAAACUUUCAGGCUUGGUUAUUGUACCUCAUAACUUUAUUAUUUAUAACUUUGCUUAAGAGUGGCCAUAAAAUCAAUUGCUUUAAACAGGGGCAAACAGAUUUGAGGAAGGGCUGAUGGUCUGGUGUUUAGGCCUGCCAGAGCUUGAAUUUAAAAUCCAGUUGGCUCAACUAGAAGUAGUAGCCCUUGUGGCUAGCAGUUUGUUGUUAGAUAUUGCUGAAUUAAGAAAAUGAUGCAAACUUUAUUUGGCUUUCCUGUUAGUCAAAAUGUAUUCCUUGCCAUGUGCCUGCUUUUCAAAAUGUUGAUUACAUAAUCCUUUAAGGAGUUAGGUUUCUGAAACUUCUCUUCAGAUGGUAAGAAGAUUGUCACCUUUCUUGAAACCAGAAGCAACUUGUAAGUUUUGUGUGGUUUGUUUUUUUGUUUAAAGGACCACUAUAGGCACCCAGACCACUUCAGCUUAAUGAAGUGGUCUGUGUGCCAGGUCCAGCUAGGUUUAACCCUUUUUGCUGUAAACAUAGCAGGGGGCACUAUAGUGCCAGGAAAGAGUGGGUUUUCCUGGCACUAUAGUUGGUCCUUUAACAAUCUUAACAUAAACCUAAUAAUCUAACUUCUCUGUGGGGUGCACAAUUCUUGACUGCCUCUUCAGUAUGUUAAGAGGAUUCCUGAAUGGAUGGCCGUAAGCCUCUAAGAUGUAAAGUAUGCUCCCUUGUUUAUAACAAAAUCAUGUUGGCUAUUGAAACUGCCAAUGAAUUGAAUAAACUUCAGAAUACCAAAGACUUUUUUUUUUUUUUUUUUUUAAUGUAGAUUUGUUUCCUAUAAACAUCCAUAUUUAAAGCCUGCUUUGUGUGCCAACUGCACUUUUUAUAUACACAGGUACCUGGCAAAUGACAUGGAGGAAGAUGAAGAAGACUACAAGUACGAGAUUUUUCCCUGGGCUUUGGGCAGCUCAUGGCGUGAGCUGUUCCCAAAGUUUCUGAGACUGCGGGACAAUUUCUGGGCUAGAAUGAACUAUCGAGCAGUUGUGAGUCGGAGGUGCUGUAUUGAGGUGUGUAGCAUUAACUGAUCACUCUUACAAGGCUGUAUUUUUUUUAUUUUUUUUUUUACAUUUUAUCACCUAUGGUACUUUUUAUUUCUACUGUAUGCAUGUUUAUAUAUAAUUUAAAUUUAAUGAACUUCCACAUCUCAAUUGAUACAGCACCUACUAGCACAGAAACUGCUAAACUUAAAGAAAAAAGUUAAAUGUGAAAGUUUAUAGAAACUGCCUUUAACUGAUCCUUUUAGCAAACAAAGCAUUCACACAUGUGUGUUGGGUGUUUUUUCUUUAUGGCUGCAGGGAGGACUGCGCAUGUGCAGUGCCUGUUGCAUGUAGUUGAGUGGAGAACAAAGGGUCGUGGAUAAAACCCACUUUAAUUGCCCACUAGUGGUCAGUAGGGACCAGGUUGAUUACCACUGGUCUAGCUUAAUAGUAGGCUGCAAAAAGUAACUGAAAAUUCUGUGUAUAAUUCAAAAAUACAUGAAGCACAAAAACAACUUUAGCGUAAUGGAGCAGAUUUGGUGUAUAGAUAAUCUCUGCAGUCUCAUUGCUCAGUUCUGUAAUUCAAGAGGUAAGUCUUUUUGAUUCAGCUGUAGUCGCACCUCCCUACAAAUGACUUGUUCAGCCUUGCUAAGCACUUACUGUAAAGACAUCUAAUGUUUGAAACUAAACAGAAUGUGCAACAAAGGUAGUGUAAAUGGCCUAUCUCCUGCUCUGUUAAUAGCUUGCGAGACUGGUUUGCCUAUGGUGAUGGCUAUAUAGAUUGUUUUUUGGGGGGGAGGGUGGCGGCACAUAUAUUCGAAAACCCCAAGAACUUGCCAUUACUUGAUACUAGUUCCAGUGCUUGCUUUAGUGUUCAGGAUUCUCAUAGAACAAUGGAAAAUCUAUUUCAAAACUUCUAAAGAUGGGUGACCUUAUCAAGACCUGUGUAUUACCACUUUUUUUUUUUCCAUUGUGUUCACGAAACUGGUUACUGGCUAUAUUAACCACCCACUGGUUGAGACUGAUGGCAUUGUCAACAUAAGCGGUUUAGCAUGUGGUUGCCUUGCGAUCACAGUAUAUCCUAUAUAGACUAGCUCUCACAAGCAUUCAUCUGAAUCAUUCUGCAUGUUUGGAGUUUUGGGCAGUAUGAGAUGUUUUGAUCUCCUCUAGAAAGGGUGGACAGACACCUCCCUGAUAUCUGGCUCUAGAGGUGCUCCACGACAACUGAAAAGGGCCUCUCUGACCUGACUUGUCUGGUUGAAGUACAGUGAUGAAAUACAGUAUAAAUAAAGGCAGGCUGCAUUGACAAAUGCCUUCCACCAUAAUCACUUUACUGAGGUGGAGUGGUUAUGGUGCUUGGAGACAUUUAACUUGAAAUAUCUUGCAAAUCCUUUUAACACUAAACAAUCUUGCAGGUGAUGUCCAAAGAUCCAUCUCACUGGGCAUGGCUCCGGGAGCGUCCUAUUCACCACAGUGGAGCCAUUCGUGGCUAUCUCAGGAACGAGGACUUGUUCCCCCGUGGUCCUGGCUUCACACCCACCAGCUGCAGUCUAUGCCAGGGAGCCAGCCCAUGCAAUUCUGAUGAAGCUGCUGCCACCAGCCCAUCACCAGAGCAAAACUCCUUUUCAUUCACAAAUGAAGAGUGGUCACAGCAUUUCAUACUUCCACCAGAACUGCAGGAUCUUCAGGCAUCAUAUGAUAUUCACAGUAAGUAUUACAUAUCUCCUUUGCUGGCACUAUAUAAAGAAAAUUAUUCAGAUUGGGGUGCUACUAUCUGACAGACUACAAUAUACGUCAUCUCUGCAGUGACUCUUCCUUGAGUGUUCCUUAUCCUUGUACAAUUUAUACUAAUGAGCACUGUUGCUACUAUGUGUUUUUUUUUUUUGUUUUUUUUUUAAUCCUGAAUAGCAAAUUGUGAUGUUUCCAGAUUCUUGUCUCUACAAGUUAACAGUAUAUUUGUAUUAUGGUGUAGUAUAAAAACUGGAAACCUUUCUUAAAAGGCAAUACAAAUCUACAAAGAAUGCAUUCCUUUAAGUUGUUUUGUUUUUUGUUUUUCAGUAAGCAGGUAUAAUAGAAGGAAAAACAUGGUGCUGCGGUACUAAAGGGUCACGUACAAAGCUGUUUAAACUUUUUUUUUGUAUACUUUCACUCUAAUAUUUGCAUAGUUUCAUAUAAUAUACAAAGAUAUAGCUUGUAAAAUGUUAACCUUUUUAGUACUCCAGGAACCACUGGUUGGAUUGGAACCUGGAGGAACAGCUCUCGAUUGGCAACUCUAGCAGGAAGAGAACCACUGGUCUUUUUCCUGUCUGACGCAUUGAAUGGACAAGUUAUCUCAGGGCUGCCAUGAAGUGUGACUGGGAUAAAGGGAAAGCUUUCUCUGCAUAAAGCACUUUCAAGUCUACUUGAAUUGUUUCUGUAAAUAAGAUGUCGAUAUAUUUGCACACAGUGGUCUGGUUACAAAGAUCACCAGGUAUGCACACACUGCCAUUAUAAAUGUAGUUAUUUAAAUCCAGCUCACAAUUUCAUAUAAAAUUGUAAACACGUAAACUAAACAGC